UUUAUAGCUGGCCCAAGGGGAGGAACGUACGCCCCGGGGGCGCAGGUCUCUGGAAUUGUCCGCCGCCGCGGUGGCCCCUCCGAGUGGAACAACAACAAUCCGGAGGGAAACGCGGCGCGUGCAGGGUCUGCGGGUGGGAAGUGGCUGCAUCUCUGGGCCGCGGAGGAGCCCAGGCUGCAGGGCGGGUCACGUGCUGCCCGUAUAGGAGGACUCUGUCUGUCCGUCCGUCCGGCUCCCGAGCGCCCUGGUAUCCAAAAACACAACCCCAUCGGCGGCGGGGUCUCACCAAAAGUGCCUUUCCUCCUAGUUAGCAGGGUGCCGGUUUGUGUGUGUCUUUCCUCUGAGUGGUGAUCGUGUUUUAGGUAACCUUUCGUAAGGGCCUUUUCCCCCCCUGACGUUGUUUCAGGACUUUCUCUUAUGCCCUAAAAAGUCCAUUGAAAAGUAAAACCGGGCCAUCCUUGUCCAGUCUCGAUGAUGUGGAAUUUUGUUUUUCUUUCCAUCCGCCUGCUACCUAGUGUGAAGCUGGCUUCUUCACUUUGACCUUUUGUUGGUCUAGUAGUCACAGUGCUUUUUGAAGGCCUUUUCGGUGGGGCCCUGAGGUCCUCCAGAGGUGGUCGCUGGUCGGUAAACUCGCCAGGACUCGCGCCGCGCGGUGGGGCAUGCGUCAGAGCCCACACUUGCACACACGCUGCUGUUUCCUCCGCACAGUUCUGUAGGAAGAGUUGUGCAUGCUGUAACUCUUCUACCCUUUUGCUCUUAUCGGAAGCAUUAGCACAAAAUUUACUCCUGAAGAUCCACAGAAUAGAGGAUGUUGCCACGAAGCCUGCCUCUGUCUUUCACACUCAGCCUGCACAGCCAUUGCCAAGCUGAGACCGAUGCCUGUAGACUGUGCUGACAAACUCUGAAGAGCCUGUUAACACAGGAUGACCUAGGAGUGCCUUUCCGUCUCUAACAAGAAACUGUUCCUUAGUGACAGUGUCAGUCUUGGUUCUGAAUGCUGCAGAUCACAGCAGGCGGGAUUUCUCCUUUCUGUAUUUCUGAAACAUUCACUUGACCUUCCAUCAGUAAGACUGACUUUUCUAAUUUGCUCCAGGAGAUAUUAAUGGAAUACAGUCAUGUCCACUCAAGACGAGAGGCAGAUCAAUACUGAGUAUGCAGUGUCCUUGUUGGAACAGUUAAAACUGUUUUAUGAACAGCAGUUGUUUACUGACAUAGUGUUAAUUGUUGAGGGCACUGAGUUCCCUUGUCAUAAGAUGGUUCUUGCCACAUGUAGCUCUUACUUCAGGGCCAUGUUCAUGAGUGGGCUCAGUGAAAGCAAACAGACACAUGUGCACCUGAGGAAUGUGGACGCAGCCACCUUACAGAUAAUAAUUACUUACGCGUACACGGGUAAUUUGACAAUAAAUGACAGCACUGUAGAACAGCUUUAUGAAACAGCUUGCUUCCUGCAGGUAGAAGAUGUGUUGCAACGUUGUCGGGAAUAUUUAAUUAAAAAAAUAAAUGCAGAGAAUUGUGUGCGAUUGUUGAGCUUUGCUGAUCUGUUCAGUUGUGAGGAAUUGAAACAAAGUGCUAAAAGAAUGGUGGAGCACAAGUUCACUGUUGUGUGUCACCAGGAAGCAUUCAUGCAGCUGUCCCAUGACCUCCUGAUAGACAUUCUCAGUAGUGACAACUUAAAUGUAGAAAAGGAGGAGACAGUUCGCGAAGCUGCUAUGCUGUGGCUAGAGUACAACACAGAAGCACGAUCCCAGUAUUUGUCUUCAGUUCUCAGCCAAAUCAGAAUCGAUGCACUUUCAGAAGUAACACAGCGAGCUUGGUUUCAAGGUCUGCCACCCAAUGAUAAGUCUGUAGUGGUUCAAGGUCUGUAUAAAUCCAUGCCCAAGUUUUUCAAACCAAGACUUGGGAUGACUAAAGAGGAGAUGAUGAUUUUCAUUGAAGCCUCUUCAGAAAAUUCUUGUAGUCUUUACUCUUCUGUCUGUUACAGUCCCCAAGCAGAAAAAGUUUACAAGCUCUGCAGCCCACCAGCUGAUUUGCAUAAAGUUGGGACCGUUGUAACUCCUGAUAAUGACAUCUAUAUAGCAGGUGGUCAGAUUCCUUUGAAAAACACAAAAACAAAUCAUAGUAAGACAAGCAAACUUCAGACUGCCUUCAGAACUGUGAAUUGCUUUUAUUGGUUUGAUGCACAGCAAAAUACCUGGUUUCCAAAGACGCCGAUGCUUUUUGUCCGAGUAAAGCCAUCGUUGGUUUGCUGUGAAGGCUAUAUUUAUGCAAUUGGAGGAGAUAGUGUAGGUGGAGAACUUAAUCGGAGGACCGUAGAAAGAUAUGACACUGAGAAGGAUGAGUGGACAAUGGUGAGCCCUUUGCCUUGUGCUUGGCAGUGGAGCGCAGCAGUUGUGGUUCAUGACUGUAUCUACGUGAUGACGCUGAACCUCAUGUACUGUUACUUUCCAAGGUCUGACUCGUGGGUAGAAAUGGCCAUGAGACAGACUAGCAGGUCUUUUGCUUCUGCUGCAGCUUUUGGUGAUAAAAUUUUCUAUAUUGGAGGGUUACACAUUGCUACCAAUUCUGGUUUAAGAUUCCCUUCCAGCACUGUAGAUGGGUCUUCAGUAACUGUGGAAAUUUAUGAUGUGAAUAAAAAUGAAUGGAAAAUGGCAGCCAACAUCCCUGCUAAGAGGUACUCAGAUCCCUGCGUUCGAGCUGUUGUGAUCUCAAAUUCUCUGUGUGUGUUUAUGCGAGAAACUCACUUAAAUGAAAGAGCUAAAUAUGUCACUUACCAGUAUGAUCUGGAACUCGACCGGUGGUCUCUGCGGCAGCAUAUAUCUGAACGUGUACUGUGGGACCUAGGGAGAGAAUUCCGAUGCACUGUGGGGAAACUUUAUCCAUCCUGCCUGGAAGAAUCUCCGUGGAAACCACCAACCUAUCUUUUUCUACCGGAUGGGACAGAGGAGUUUGAACUGGAUUGAGUAAUGGUUGCACUACCACCUGUAUAGUGGGGAGUUCAGGAGGUGCACGCCUGAUUUAUGUGCUUUGUCAUUUUCUUUGCUAAAUAAGAGAGGCUAUGAAAGGACUAAUAUGAGUACAUAAAAAUCUAUCUUUGAUAAAUUUUAUUUUUAUGCCCUACUUAAUAUUUGCAUCAGUAUAAUAUAUAUCAGUGAGUCUUGCAGAAAGAUAUGCUUCCAUAAUAUGAAAUAGAUUAUCCAAUAAUUGUAAUAAUUUUAUGUGUAUCAUGAGAGCAUAGAAUCUGGAUUAUCUAACAUUGUUAGCCCUGUGUAUGUACAGUUCAAAAAGUUCACUUAUUAAACUAGUUUCCUGUUCCUAGUGUGGUAUAUCACAAAUUGUGCUGAGGUUAUUUUAGCAUAUGUAUUUCGCUCCUGUGCUUCUGUUCUGAAGUCCUGGAAUACAGUUUUUCGGUGUAAUUAGUUCAGCUGCACUUAACACUAACGUCCGUGUUGGAAUAGAAGUGUCUCGAUCCCGUACUAUAGUUGAGGAAGAUCUUCCAUUUUAUGGUAUUACACAGGGAGAGCUAGGACUGCAGGACCAGUCUAACUAUACUAUUAGGUGCAUGUACUCUCUUUCUCUUUCCACUAACUUAUACUUGUCUCUAGAAUACAGGUCUUCCAAUCAGCUGGUCAUUUCCCAGGUAUAGACUUAAGUUGCCGGGCUUGCAAUGAAAUUUGCUAGUCCCUCAUUGUGCGGGUCUGGGUGGAGCAUUCAUCAGUAAAUGCCUCCACUUUCUGUAUUACAUUAACAUUGGCUCAUGCGUAUAACUACCUGCUGCUGUUGUAUUUCUCCAUCUUAAAGAUUUAGAGUGGGUCAACCAGGUCAUUACAUCUUAAUUUAAUAACAAGCAUUACUGUAGAGUGAUUGUGUAGAUACCCGUUAGCCGUCAGGGUGUGUGUUUUUAACCUGUUGUGUGUGGGUAGGAUUAGAAGGGUGAACUGUUCAGGAAUUCUCUGCACUGGCUGUGCGGACGAGCAGGUAACGAGUGCUGCUCUGGCAUUCAUCCAGGAACCACUAGCAGUAGCGGCGCUGCCCAUCUAACAUGAGCACAGGUGCUUCACGACAAACAUUACUAGCAUGUUCAACUGCAUAAUGUUCUGGCACUGUAUUUCGAAUGACAUUAAUUUAUUAAAUAAGUUGUAUAUAUUCAA